GUACAAAAUGUGAUUUUGGCCAUCGUGUCACAUCAUUCGCAGCAGAACAAUAGAACUAUAAAGAUGUACAGGUUCAUAGCUUCCGCCUUAGUCCUUCUUCUGACCUUGUACAUCGGCCGGAUUCAGGCAUCCUGCGAUGUCUGCCAGUCAAAUGGAGCUGCUUGCAUCAACCAGACCGCUUAUCAUUUGUGUUUCGGAAGAACCCAACCCGACACCAAUCAGACCUUCAUCUGCACGGAUGGAUUGGUGUGUACGGAUCAGCCCGUGAUAUGCUUCCAACGCAGCGAAACUCCGGCUAGUUGCGGCGACACCGACAGCUGUGGCCAAUGUGGUCCCAACUAUACAUUCGCCUGCACCUCCCGCACCACCUUCGCCUUCUGCUUUGGGGCCCUCACGCCCACCAAUGUCACCGGAAGCUGUCCCACCGGAUACUUUUGUGACGCCUCCACGAAGGAAAUUUGCGUCACCAAAACCACUGAUGAUUCGAUAGUAUGCCAUUUAGAUUAAAAUUUAAUCAUAUUUUUAAAUGUGCAAGUAUGUAAUCCGGAAAUGUCAUUUUCUGGAAACAAAGAUUUUCAAAUGUGCAAAUAUAUAAUAUUUGGAAGAGCCAAAGA